UCGGAGCAACUCAGUUUCGAUUAAGUCGUUGAAUAGUUGGUUUGCUUUUAGAAAAACACCUGAAGUGAUACACAAGAGAUACCGAAAAGGACAUUUUUCCGGGACACAAAAAAUAAAAGACCAGUGCAAGAUAAUAAAAGAACAUCAGAGUUAAAACUCGCGAAUAUAUAAGAGAAAAAAAACCAAGUGCAGUGAUAAACAGUGUGAUAUUCUUAAGAAGAGUUAAGAAAACAAAAAAAAAAGGUUGAUUGAAGAAGUAACCAAAAAAAGUCACAAUCAUUAGAGCUGAUAUCAGCAACAGAAAAAAGUGUGCCGACAAAUUCAAGAAUAAAAUAACCCGAAAGAAGUGGAAUUGAUUAAAUUCAGUACCAAGUGGUGUGAGUUUGGUUGAUUUUUUUUUUUAAUUCGUCGAUCGCAAAGGAAAGGUUGCAAAAAUGGUUUUGAGAAGCAAGAACAUUGCCCGGUACAUUUUCCAGAACCAACACAAACUGAUCCAGCAGCUGCUGCAGACUCAGGUCCGGCUAUGCAGCUCCCAGCAGGUCCAACAAGCACUGCGCCUCGAGGAAGAUGAUAGCCCCCGGAUUUCUCAGAUUGUCCCACCGGCCGCUCCGUUCCCGAUGCACAUCGAGCAUGCCGCCGACGUUGGCGAACAGUUCAAGUACUCGGACCUAUCGGUUCGGUUGGCCGCCCCGCAUCAACUUUCGCCGAAACCGGACGCCGACGAUCUCUCCUUCGGCAAAUAUUUCACCGAUCACAUGCUCAAGAUUGCGUACCAUCGCCGGUUAGGGGGCUGGCAGAAGCCGGAAAUUACCCCGAUGGAAACGUUGAACCUUCACCCGGCCGCCAAGGUGUUCCACUACGCCGUUGAGCUGUUCGAAGGAAUGAAGGCGUACCGUGGCGUCGAUGGCCGGAUCCGUUUGUUCCGCCCCGAGAUGAACAUGGCCCGCAUGAACAUCACCGCCUACCGCUCCGGACUGCCCACCUUCGACGGCGAGGAACUGGUGAAGGCAAUGUGCCGCCUGAUCAUGAUCGACUCCGAGUGGGUACCGCACACCGACUCCGCCAGCCUGUACAUCCGCCCGACGCUCAUCGGAAUUGAGCCAACAUUGGGAGUGGCCUCAUCGGAUUCAGCCCUAAUGUAUACGAUCCUUUCGCCGGUUGGUGCCUACUUCAAACCUGGUGCCGGAGGGUUGAAACUGUAUGCCGAUCCCAAGUAUACCCGGGCAUGGCAUGGAGGUGUUGGAGAUCGCAAGGUUGGCUCCAACUAUGGACCAACGAUUCACGUGCAGAAGGAAGCGCUGAAACACGGUUGCCAUCAGGUGUUGUGGCUCUACGGAGAAGAUCAUCAGCUGACCGAGGUCGGAGUGAUGAACAUCUUCAUGCUGUACAUCAACGAAAAUGGAGAAAAGGAAAUGUUGACACCACCCUUGGAUGGUCUGAUUCUUCCUGGAAUCACCCGAGAUUCGAUCAUUCGAUUGUGCCGGGAGUGGGGCGAGUUUCAGGUUAAGGAACAGAAGUUCAACAUGCCUAUGGUUCGCAAGCUGGCCAAAGAAGGACGGUUGCUGGAAAUGUUCGGUGCCGGAACGGCCGCCGUCAUCAGCCCGAUCGAGCACAUUGCCUACCAGGGCGAGGAGAUCCACGUGCCGACAGAUUCGCACGAUUCGCCCGUCUACCGGCGGUUGUACGACUACCUGACCGGAAUUCAGUACGGCAAGAUCGACCACCCGUGGGCCACCGUGAUAGACUGAAUCCGGAGUCUGGAUUCGGUUUGAGAGAGCCUUUCGUGUCGUGUCUUACACACGAAGAAUUCUUCUUCUGCACAGCGAAUCGUUUCGAUUUUUAGGAGAGAGGGUAAAGACCCUUCCGUUUUCGGAAGUAAUCUGCUUCUUUUCGAAAAGGAAUGCAGCGGCGAGACGUGCGCAUGAAUUGUACAGUACGGAAGUAUAGAUUUAAAAACUUUUUUUAAGGUUAGCUUUUAGGGAUUAUACACAACAAUUGUUCUUAAAAUAUUGCAUGCAAGAUUGCGAGCAACCCGUUGUGCCAAACUCUUUCUGAUUUGAGCUCAGAUUAGCGAUUGUCUAGCUCUAGCUCGUCCAGGAAAAGAUCCGACAAAUAAAAAGGAAGCUUAGCAAAUCGAAUGUGAAAUCCUCAUAAAAUAUUUAAAUCUUUCCCUUCGACAUUGUGAUUGUUUUUGUCAUCCUAGAUUUCUUUUCGAAAUAAACCUUAGUAAGUUUAGUAGCGAAAAAACUCGCGACGUAUCAAGCGUUAGCCAUAGUUUUCAGGUUAUGUGAACUCUUGCUAGUGAGAUCGAAAUCAAACUGAAGCAUUUGCCUAGAUUUUAAGAGAUAAAAAAACAACCUUAAAAAAUCCCGUUUUUCUGACAAAUUUUAACCAAUCUGGCCCACAGUUAAGCUACAAAAGCUUUUGAAAUGUUUCCAUGCAAUAUUUCAACCUACACGAAAACUCGCCUUCAAACGGAGAAGCUUUCCUUCCACAAUCUCGAUUAUCAUCCCCUACCGAAAGUUUUCCCCUCCCACUUUGUCCUCGAAACCAAUUUCCAUUUAGGCUAAGAAACGAAAAAAAAAAACUCCCAAACCAGUCACUUCCAGGGAAGAAUUCCUCGUUGCGCGCCACUUUCUCUUCCAGCUUUCAUCAAAACUUUUCCAUUUUCCCACAAACAAAUCCGCAUUUCUUUAAGUAAAAAGCAGCGACGAGGAAGCUACCUUCUCACUGGAAGUGGAAACGGUUUGUCGUACAAAAUGAGAAAAAGUGCAUUUCCAAAAUUGUAAAUAGAUAGAUGGUUAGGUUUUUUUUAAUUAAAAGAAAAAUUGAUUUAAGAUUCCCUCGUUUGUCGUUCAGGUUAAAAAUUGUAGAUACUUUUAUUUUCUCCGCAAUUGGCAGCGCGAGGGAUUUUAUUAGGCAUUUAAAUCCAAUUCGAAAGAUGUAUUAAAUAUUUUCUGGAAAUAAUUUUUUUAGAGAAAAGAUUUAAUCUGAAGGAAGAAAGUUUUUACAUUAAAAUCAUCAUUCUAGCAAAAAAAGACAUUUCCUUUCGCUUUUAAGACUAGACUUUCUGCUCUUAGACAAUAUUAUUUUAUUUUAGACCUGUAAGUUGCUUGCUUGGUAUUAUAGACAACUUUGAAGUGGAAUACGUAGAUUUAUGAAAAGUGAAAUAAAGAAGCAAAGUGUUGAUUCUUUUUAAAUAA